GCGUCGGCUGCCGAAGGAUCGCCAAAAGAGUAGAAGGGAUGCGGUACCAAUAUGGCGGCUCGGUUAAAAGCAAUCCACCGGCGUAACCACUGUCAGUCCGCGACUUGGCACGGCGGUAGCGCGUUCGUUCGCACGAGUAUAAUCGGUGUCGCGAAACAAAAAAAAACACACGGCUUCUCUACCCUUUUCUUCCAUAUAAAAUAUACACGUAUAUUUAAGAGAAAGCACUCGAUUUCUAUUUUUAUAUACAGAUAUUUUUGACUCUCUUAAUUUUCGAUAAGAACACGUUUUCAAGAGGAGACUUCGCCGUGAAGUAAUGCUUCUGUAACCGAUCCGCAAUAAGUCGUCGCGAAUCGUAGAACCGUCGUGCCCGGCAAUUGGUUCACGUUCUCGUCUUACCGUGUCUCGAAUUCACUCUCUGCAGCAGCAGAUCGGCGCGAAAUCGCUGACUGAGAUCAGUUCACGUUCUUGUAGAUAAUUCGAUCGUCGUCAAGUGUCAACGUCUGAGAAGAAACAAACGAGACAACAGAGUGUGUGUUUCCCAUUGUGAAGAGGAAGAGACCGUUACGCGAGAUCGACGUUCUCCAACCUUUUUCUUCGGAACCCGCAAAUCUGGUCUUGGAAAUCUGCGCCCUUGAUUCUGACGUCGCGAGGAUUUCGUGAAGGCGCCCUCAGAGAGGAGAAAAAAAAAAGGAAGAAUCAUGUCGAUUGUAAUGCAUUACGUGGACCGGCUCCACGAGAUACUUGACAAACAUGCAGAUCAGAGGACAACGAAUUGGUUCUUGAUGAGUUCCCCGUUUCCCACCCUGUUCAUCUGUCUGACCUACGUGUACGUCGUGAAAGUUCUGGGACCGAAGCUGAUGGAGAACAGGAAGCCCUUUCAGUUGAACAACAUCCUGGUGAUGUACAACCUGUUCCAAAUGGUGUUCUCGGCGUGGCUGUUCUACGAGUUAGGAAUGUCCGGAUGGCUGACUGGCGACUAUUCUCUAAGGUGUCAACCCGUAGACUACAACGAUCGACCCAAAGUAUUAAGGAUGGUGCACGCAUGUUGGUGGUAUUACUUCUCCAAAUUCACGGAAUUCAUGGACACGAUCUUCUUCGUACUGAGAAAGAAGAACAAUCACGUGUCGACGUUGCACGUUAUUCACCACGGUUGCAUGCCAAUGUCAGUGUGGUUCGGCGUUAAAUUUACACCUGGUGGUCACAGUACGUUCUUCGGGCUGCUGAACACGUUCGUCCACAUCGUGAUGUACACGUACUACAUGCUGGCAGCUAUGGGCCCGAAAGUGCAGCCGUACCUCUGGUGGAAGAAGUACCUGACCGUCUUCCAGAUGGUCCAGUUCGUCCUGGUGAUGAUCCACGCGUUCCAGCUGCUCUUCAUCGAAUGCAACUACCCGAAGGCGUUCGUUUGGUGGAUCGGACUGCACGCGACCAUGUUCUUCUUCUUGUUCAACGAGUUCUACCAACAGAGCUACCAAAGCAGGAAACGACCAUUGGCGAACGGCGUCGCGAAGAAGGACCACCAGCAAAGCAGUCAGACGAACGGCUUGACGAACGGAUCCAUCGGCAACUCGUCGUCUGGACGAAGGGACGCCGCCGAUUACUACGUGAAGGGCGACAGCCUGGCGGCGUCGGAGCUCAACCUUCGAAGACCCUACACGACGACCGAAUGACCCGAUCGUUCAACGUCGUUAGACCGUCAUCGAUUCAUCUCAUCCCCCUUGUACCAUCGAUCCUCCGAGUCGCAUCCGGGCUUCGCUCUGUUUGCUCUUCCGGUCCGACGAUCGUUCGCGAUCUCAGCGGGGCAUCGGAACAUCGAAAAAGCCUGUACAGUAAAAUAGUACAAACUGGUUCAGUGUAUUCGUAGAGGGAGAGACAUAGAACGGGAGAAAGGGUGAGUGUAGGACCAGGCAAUCUACCCAAGAUGCGUUCGACCCGGAUUUGUCGCGGCUCGCGGUCACGGAUCCCUGGCUCCCCGACGAUCUAGGUAUCCGUGAACCUCGGCACGCUGAUCGUACACCCGCCACGACCGACGUAGAGCCGACUUUCGCGUCGUCGGGAGCGAGAAACCUUCGCGUCGGCUGGCUAGGUUGGGCAAAAUUGAAUCCGCGAGCUUGAGUACCAAGUAAUCGGUAAUUGUGAUCGACACGUUGACUGGCAGGGUAUGCGGCACACCUGUGCACAGUUGGAUAGUCAAAUCAUGUUCGACGCGGUAGAAUCUCGAUUGUUGCACGAGAGCCUCGUUCGUUGCAACGAGUUGGCGAUUGAAAGGUAUGGUCACUUGUGAACGAGCGAAGGUGGAGGAGGAAAGUGACCGAUAGGUGUGAUAAUGAAGAUUAAUGGGGCUUCCUCUCAUUGAAUAGAUUACCUCUCUAUAGUUAUAAGCAUUUUCAGCCCCUUUUCCUGCGAUAAUCGAGGCUCUAUCGUAGAAGGCAUAACUUGUUACGAAAGUGAAAGCAAUCUGUAAAAGAAUAACGAGUACAAAAGAAAUUUUCAUUGCCGCCCUGUCGAUGGAUAGCUCUUCUCGCGCGGCUAACCUCUUGCUGCCAAUUGUUCGAAAGAAAAAGAAAAAUCGCUGUGCAUUGGGAAACGUAGUAUUUGUCCAUGAAAAAGUAACGAGUUAUUCGGUGACAGUUAACGUAUAAACGAUUAAUGAAUAAUCAGUAAUCCAUGACAGCGAUCGGUAGAUAGUCAAGCACGAUUAACUUUGGAAGGCUACGAGUCAUCGAUUGGUAAUUAUGAUUAUCGAUUAACGCGACAACUGUGAGCGGUGACUGCAGACGUAAUCGCAAAGCAAUCGUGUUGCCCAACUAUGCCGGGUGAUCUUGUAUUCUGUUCUGCGUCGACGUUGAACCAGCCAGACCGAUCCGAUCGGUAAUCUCGCCGAUAGGAUUGCGGCGGGACCGGGGUAUAGGUAACAAUUACGUAAAGAAUGCUUGGAUGUAUAACUUCGCGCCGUCGUUGUUACAUUACCGUCUCGGGAGACGGUGAUUUGUCGUAUUACGAUACAGAAGCACGGUAAUAGGGGAGAAGUAAUCAUUUCUUAUUGACCAUGGUGAAAUUGCGGCGGUUUCCGCGGCUAGAAAGACCUCUCACUCUCUUGCAAUUCGCGUGAAAUUGGCUGGUUUUCUCCCCUCUUCCUCACACGCUCCGUUUCAUUAGAACAGGUAUUGUCGCGGUGCGACAUUUACGGUUUAUGCAAUUUUUAAACACGUUGAGAUGCGAACUGGGAGGAUGGGCGGAAUUUUGUCCGAAUAAUAAAUGAACAGAAACUCUGCAACGAUUACCAGAGGGUUGCCAGAGAUUAAAAUAUCGAAUUGGCUUUUUAAAUUCUAGAAUCGCGAGAUUGGCAAACCUCUGCAGCGCGGUGUAGCCGACCUCGUGGCAGAGCGGUUAAGAAUCAACGCGAUAACUGUCAUUCGUUCGACGGUUAUACAAUUCGAUUACACGGUCACGCAAUUAUACAGUUCAAACUAUAAUUUUUAUCGAGCGGUGCUCAUCUCUUAUUCGCCAGUUUUUUAUCCAGAUGAAAAUUUCACCUAUCCUCUCCCGAGAUGGCAUUCCGCAGAACGUUUUUGCUGUCAUCGGUUGCGCGCGCGCGACGGCGUUGGCGGCUGCUCAUAGAUUAUAUAAAAACAAGGAAUUAUAUAAGAGAGUUAACUGUGAGCGUUGGAUCGUGAUUGCACAACAAUGCCACCGACCGUUAUCCGAUUACAUAAUUCGGGGAAGAUCACUUUUUUUCGCGCCUCAUUACAGCCGAGAUCUGUUUCAUCGACGGCUAGAGAAUUUGUUUGCUCUUGUUGUCGCUUGUUCGAGAGCCGUUGGCCUUAAUUCAGUCCGGUCCAAACGGAGAACAGCCUCGACGCGCGCGCGCGCGCUUUCGCGUUAUGUAAACCACGUGCGGAAAUCAAACUGAACCAGUGUUUUCAAAGUAGGAGGCGUAUUACGAUCCGGAAGGGGGCGUGAGAAAAUUUUUUAAAUUGAAAGAACCCCGUUAGAAACGUUUGUAAGGCUAUUAGGCUCUGAAACAGAUUUUUUUUUUAUUUUCGGGUGAGGGUGGGAGGCGAUUUAAAAAACCAGUUUGGAGAACCAUUCGAUUAAACUUUCUCGUGGGAACGUGCGGAGUACAUCGAAAUUCGAGAGUAGGUUCGCGAACGUCUAACAAAACUGUGAGAUAAACGACUAGAUCGAAAUCGAAUGGGUCACACGCCCAUUGCAUGCUUCUUGUUUCGUAUAUACAUAUUGUAUGAACGGUUUUAGACUCUUUCGGUUUUAAAAGAAAUUUUUAGAGUGCAUAUGUUGCUGAACAUAUUUCCAGGUUUUUAAAACCCGUGAUAAUGCAUCCAUAUCGUGAACCGACACGCGAGAAACGCUCUGCGAAUCGUUGGCGAGUAAAUGCGACGCUUAGAGAGGUAGGUGCUCGAUCUGCGCGGCGGUCGUGCGCACGGUGUACGGUAUGUCCAUUAUUGUACAUAAAAUACAUCGUUUAUUUCGGUAUGCUCGACUCGAAAGCCACUCAGUUCGAAACUAACAAAUAUAUAUAUAUAUAUAUAUAUGUAUGUUGAACGAGAAAUCGGAAGAUUGUACAAAGUUUGCAAUUUUUUAUUAAUCGGUAAUAAGAUUGAUCUAACGAAUUAAUUAAUAAUGUAUAGUUGAACGUAGGUAUAUACAGGGUGGUCCAGUAGAAAUGAAACACCUGAUCGAUCCUUUUUGGACGGUUUUCGGAGGAUGAAGCAAGUGUCAAGAAUCGCGUAUCCCCUACUUGGCAGAUUUCAAACUUUUUUUUUAUAAGAAAAAUUAAACAAUCUAUCCUGGGACUGGCAUUAAAAUCGAGAAUGAAUGAAACCUGAACUUCUAUGGUCAAAGUAAUAUAUAUUGACAUAUAUAGUUACCUAACUACAUUAUUGUACAAAUUACUGUGAAGUGCGUGCACAGUCUUUUAAAAAUUUAUUUUCCUCGAUACUUUAAUACUGUACUUACUACUUUAACCCUAGAAGAACGUCUGGUAUCUCGACUCUUACGUUUAGUUUAAUUAUAAGUGUUUUACAAGCGUGUAAAUUAUGUUACGUUGAAAAUUCAUAAUAUAAGAAAUGCGAGCCUUAAAAUGUACUUGAAAUUGAUUCGAUGGUUAUUGACACAACUUUCGGCCAAACUUGUUAGCUCUCUAUAUUUCUAUACUUCUAACACAGGUGACUUUAUACCUAAUCGUAACAAGGGGUUAAUUUUUAAAUCCUUUACAAAAGAAUGAUAUAUGCGUAACGUUCGUCCUAGAAGACAAUUCGAAUGUUUUCGUCCCUACUUCGCAUUUUCAAUCAUAGAAGGAUAUAAAUCGAUUCAAUUUCUGAUGGUCCACCCCGUAAGUUAGGACUUCUCACUGAUUGGCUUUUAUGCCGAAUAUGUUGUACGCAUUGCGAAGUCGCGCAAAGCAAAGGAAACGUACGUUUUCGACGACCAAAUGUUAGAUUCCUCCAACGUGCCUUGUGAGAUAAUGAUAAACGGGUGUGCCUUAAUAUCUAGGACGUGUUCCGACCAUCCAGCGUGCGAGGAUCGUUCUUAUUCACAACGAAACUUAACAAUUGCGCGUCGCGAACGAUCCAUCGUUGAUGUCUCCUUUUCGAUCAGUAACACGGUCAUCGAUAUCAGAGCUGUGAUUACCGAAACAUAUUCGAUCGAGUGUCACUUGUGAUCUAGACAUUAAGGUUUCGAUUCAGAACGCACCGUUAGAGACACCGAAUCCACCGUAUCAGGUUCUUUUCCUUUUCUGUAAACGCUGUCCUGUAUCCGAACCGCGAAACUUUGCUCAGGACUAAAUCGUUAACAGAGCGUUCAGAAUCACGGUUGUUGAAAUUGUUGUUAGAGUGUAGGAAAAUCUGCGAGAGUUUGUAUUCUUCUUUUUACCAACGUUUUCGAAUUACGCAUACGUUAACGCUCCCCCACCUCUCCGAUAUCUGAAUACAGUAAGUCCUUAUCUCGUGGGAUUAAUUCUAGUUUUCCGUGUAAGACGAAUUAUAUAAAUACUAUACAUCGAAGGGAGAAGGAAAGAUCAGUCCUCGGUGAAGAAUUACGUGGUGUCUCAGCAAGGGGAACAUGGACAGUGUCGAAAAGUUUUUGCUGAAACACAGGCUUUUCGAAGACUGAUCAAAAUGUUUCAUCCAGCGAGACCAACGUUUCCUAUCAAGAUUGAUAUUUCCUUCUCCUCGCAAUACAUUUGACAUAUAAAUUUGGGUAAAGCAAACUUUACAAGGACUCACUGUAUUUUUCGAAGCGAACGCUCGCGAUCCAAAAGAUCUGUGAUGUAGAUCAUUCGUGUACUGUAUAAAUUGCGCGAGUCAACGUUUUUCUUCGACCGUUUAAAUUAGAAAUAUCGUUGCGGAUAUUUGCUCAAAUUUGUUUUGUAGAAAUUACUUAAACCAGUAACUCGAGUUCGUGCAUCCAGUAGGUAUCUGUACAAUUGCAGCGGUUGGGAAACGAUCACGUAGAUCGCCGAUCCUUUGAACUUUGUACCAUGCCGACAGACCAUAAGAGAUCGAAUAGUUACGACGAAUACGAUCGAUGUGCACAAAACGUCCACUUAGUGUUUCGUUCGCUUUGCACGUUUCGUACACCUUGUAUAUAGGUAGGUUAGUUUUGUACUGUCGUAAGGAAAAAGAAUUAAUUAGAAACGGAGGUAGCGAUCAUUGUGCCACGCUUCGCGUCGACACACGAGCGAAUAAAGCUUAAAGAAGGAAAGGAAAAAAAAGUAAUAGAGUCACAUACCAUAAGUAUCGUGAGCAUAAUGAUAAUUUAUAUACGAAUCUACAUCUAGAUAUUAUUACGAAUAAAGAGUUGUUAAAAAAAAAAGGCAAAGCGAAAUUUACAAACGAAAUUAACCACUAUUUUGUAUUCGCGGCUACAAUUAUUUUGUUUUUAACAAAUCUUUGAAAUGAAGAUUGAAAUAGCGCACUAACAAAAAGCGAUGGGACCGAUGCUUUAUCUUCUUAGAACUGAUUAGACUUCAUCGUUGCGCUAUAUACUCGUUGAACGGUGUAUGAUAAAAAGAAGAGUAAAGGGGCAUCAAUUAACUACAGCAAUAAUUCUUUGCUUGGUAGAGGAGAACUUCAGAUUAUUUUUAUUCCGAUUCAUAUGAAAGCGAUUAUCUACUUUUAUUUUUUCAGUUCUUGUCAUAUGAUCAACGGUCGUAGAACGAGUUCAUUUUCUAACAUGUCUUGCAUUGUUAUUCUCGAAUCAAGCUACCUUGUUGGCGACCGAAUUGCGUGCCUGACAAGUGGGAUGAAAUAAACAGGACGGUAGAAUGCAAAUUGCGAGAUGGAUCAAAAUGAAUUAAUUGGAGAUUAAGUAGAGAAUUAAAUACCGACAGUGGCGUAUGGUGCGUUCUCAGAGCCACCAAUCGUUCUUUUAUCUCGCGAUACAAAACAAGUCGGAAAUAAUUAUCUCAUGCAACGUGGACUUCAUUAUAUCGUGUCUCGUAUUCCCAUGUACUGAUAAGGAACAUGAUUUUUAUAAUUGUCACGCAAUGAUUAAAUACCUGCUAAAUCAAAGGCCAGUGGUAGACCAUCGAUUGCUUCAAAAUUUAAUUAUGAUUAUUAUCAACUUAGUAAGCUGAGAAUUCACGCUCGUAAUUAAAUAAUAUUGCCAUGGUUUUAACAUCCCAUGGGUGUUAUAUGAUGGCUGGAGAAAUAAAUCGAUUUUGUUUCAGGUG